AUGGCUAUGAAAUACGUAGCGGCCUACCUUAUGUGCGUUUUGGGAGGUAAUGAAAACCCAACUGCAAAGGAAGUGAAGAAGGUCUUGGGUGCAGUCAACGCAGGAGUAGAGGAUGAUGUAUUAACAAAUUUGAUGAACUCUUUAAAUGGAAAAUGUUAUCAUGAGUUAAUUUCUGAAGGAAUGAAAAAGUUACAAAAUAUUGGUGGAGGUGGAGGAGGAGCUGCUGCCGUGGCAACAGCUGAUACGGCUGAUGUGAAGGCAGAGGAGAAGAAGGAAGAAAAGAAAGAAGAGGAAGAAGAAGAGGAAGAUGACUUAGGAUUUUCGCUCUUUGGUUAA